AUGUGGCCUUCGUUGAUUUUUACAAUGAUGGGCUUCUUGGCAUUCGCGCUGGAUGUGAAAAUGUCAAUGCCUAGAGUGGCGACAACCAUGCUUGCAUUGGUUUCAUUGACGAACUUGCGAAAUUCUGUGGUUGCAACUCUGCCUACAUCUGGAAGCAUAAGCUGGAUGGAGGAGUACUUUUUGGUGAGCAAGACCUUCAUGUUCUUGAACCUAGCGGGCCAUGCUAUCUCAUUUUAUUUGGAUGCCAUUGGCAAGAAAGAUUUGCAGAAGCUGAUGAACAAAUUCAAUCUUUGGGGCAUGCUCCUAAUCAUGUGGCUGAUCGUCAUAUGCCGGCUUCACGUCCGGCAAUGCGAAUUGGUGGACUCCACAUUGACCGCUGUCUUAGUGGCACUGCUAAGCAUCGGGGUUUUCACAUUCUACGUUUCUGCGUUGUGGCUUUAUCGUCGAGCAGUGAGGGAGCAAUUCUGCAUGAGCUCAGUGGUUCCAGCUCCUGGCCCCCCACCUCGACUGGUUGUAGCUCGAGCCAAGGGCGCAGAGGAUGAAUAG